GAUGGUAUGGGAAAUGGAAGGACUCCUCCCCUCCCUCUGCGGAGUUGUGCUCCUCUCUCCUGUCCUCUCGCUCCCUCCGUUUUCCGCCAGCUCGCCCUGACAGCCGACACUGGCGCAGAGGUUCAGUCCAAACAAACCUUAUUUUUAUAGCACCGGAGGAAAAUUCACACGCUCGCUUUUCGUCCAUCCGCAUCCGGUGCCGGCGGAGCGGCCUCGUCUAGAAUGGGGAACCGAGACGAUGAAUACGACUUCUUGUUCAAAGUUGUGCUAAUUGGGGACUCUGGUGUAGGAAAGAGUAACUUGCUGUCGCGAUUUACAAGGAACGAGUUCAACCUAGAGAGCAAGAGCACGAUUGGAGUGGAGUUUGCCACACGCAGCAUUCAGGUAGAUGGAAAGACAAUUAAGGCUCAAAUCUGGGACACAGCAGGACAGGAGCGCUACAGAGCCAUCACAUCAGCAUAUUACAGAGGGGCGGUGGGGGCGCUCUUAGUGUAUGACAUAGCCAAGCACCUGACCUAUGAAAAUGUGGAACGUUGGCUGAAGGAGCUGAGGGACCAUGCAGACAACAACAUUGUUAUCAUGCUGGUUGGCAACAAGAGUGACCUACGACACCUCAGGGCCGUGCCCACAGAUGAGGCGCGGGCUUUUGCAGAGAAGAACAAUCUCUCCUUCAUAGAAACAUCAGCUUUGGACUCAACAAAUGUUGAAGAAGCUUUCAAGAAUAUCCUUACAGAAAUCUACCGGAUCGUAUCACAGAAACAAAUUGCUGAGCGGUCCGCCCAUGAUGACUCUCCAGGAAACAAUGUGGUGGACAUCAGCGUACCACCAACUACGGAUGGCCAGAGGGGGAGCAGACUGCAGUGCUGUCAGAACCUGUAACCCAGGAUCCUGUCUCUCCUGGUUGAUUAUUGGUUGAAAUCCAGUGUUGGUAUGCUUCUGUCUGCCUGGGGUGAAUCUGCACUUCUUAGAUCAACAGAAUCAGUUAAGCCACAAAAGAUCAAUACAGGAAGUAUUUGAAUUGAUUUUCCUGUUGUAAUCUGAUCCAGGAUGGCUACAUUCUUGUGCAAAAACAGGACUGAUGGUACAGUAAGUAGAUACCAGGUAUUUGUGAUAGCAGAGCAGCCUUGCCUGAGAUCUUUAAGCAUAGACCUCUCCUUUGUAGAUGGUUAUUGUCACAAGUAGAAGCCGUGGGUUUGUCAGUUUCAUUACUACCAGCAGUCCUGUUUUUGGGCUACCUUCUUUAUUGUUCAGUCUUCAUCUCAAAAGUGGUUGUGAUGCUGCUGAUUUUCAUUUUGUGUAAAAAAAACAAACUGGGGGGGGUUGUUUGGUUUGAUAGCUUGUCUGCUCACAUACAUUAUAUUAAUGCCAUGAAAUUAAAUUUUACAAUAUUAUGCCA